AGGAGUUUUUUUCUUUUUCUGGUGAUAUUGAAUAUGUUGAACUGAGGAGUCAUGAUGAACGAUCUCAAAUUGCUUAUGUCACCUUCAAGGAUGCACAAGGAGCUGAAACUGCUGCACUACUAUCGGUAAUUUGACUAUCAUCAAUGAACUUGAAUUUUAAUAUACGGUCAAACAAAUGAGAGGGUUUAGGAUUAUUUUGGAGCUUGACUAUCAGGGCUGGCACUGCAAUAUAUUAAUCUAGAGUUCUCUGAUCUUACUGGAUGGAUGACGUACAAAUUCUUGAAAGUCAUGAUAUUGAAAAUUCUCUCGUGGCUUUUGGAUAGAAGUAUCCUUUGGGAACUAAGAUCAGUCAAUGUCAGAUUUAACAUGAAUAGAAGGGGCUGGCAAGAGGGGAUUUUGAAUAGUUCGGAUGAGACCUUGUGGUUAAAAGGAGCAACAAUAGUUGAUUCGUCGGUUACAAUAACUGUGGAUCCUGAUUACCAGGUCCCACCAGCUGCUUUGACAUCACCUGUAACUGAGUGUAAGACUCCUGCUACUGGUGGUUCUGAAUCUGCUUUAAGAAAGGCAGAGGAUGUGGUCACCGGCAUGAUGGCUAGGGGCUUUGUCUUGGGGAAAGAUACCGUCACCAAAGCAAAGACAUUCGAUGAGAAGCAUCAGUUAUCAUCAACUGCCUCAGCAAAAGUUGCAUCUUUUGAUCAGAAAAUUGGGUUCAGUGAGAAAAUAACUGCUGGUGCUUCAGCCGUGAGUGAUCGAGUUCGAGAAGUGGAUCAAAAGUUUCAGGUUUCAGAGAAAACCAAAACGGCAUUUGCAGCUGCAGAACAGAAAGUCAAUGAAGCGGGUUCUGCUAUCAUGAAAAAUCGCUAUAUACUCACUGGGGCUUCAUGGGUUACAGGUGCUUUCAGUAAGGUUGUUAAGACAGCUGAAGAUGUAGGACAGAAGACAAAGGAGAAAGUGCAAAAUACAGAAGAGGAACGGAAGCAAAAGGAUCAGCAUGCCCCGGCCCCCUCCGAGUCUUAGAUGCACCAACAACAGGUGAAUAGAACCCAUACAAGUCUUCUCCUCCUGAAGGCCUGAUCCUAUAAUUUUCUUCUUGUGUAUGGAACUCCUGCCAACUUUUUCCCACUUAUGUAGCCUUUUUUCGUUUCUGCUUUAAAAUAUAGCUCGGAUUUCACUAGUUACUUGGACAAAUUUGCAGUUUAGCCCCCCCCCUCCUUUGUAAGAAAAAGAUGUGCCGAAGUAUGUAGGUGUUUGAUGAUUUUGUUUUUAUGAUUUGUGUCGCUUUCUCCAUUUAUUUUGUGGUAAUAUGUAACUUGUUACCUUGUUCCUGUGAAAGUCUUUUGGAGCUGACUC